AUGGAAGUAAAGGGGACAUCAGGUAGAAGCUUUUGCUGUGAGUCAGAAGGACAAUUUAAAAGUUGCCUAAAGAGGUGCACACCAUCUCUGUUGCUGCCUUCCAGUUGGAAGGGAAACUCAGGUUCUUGCCUAAUGGCCGAAGCCCUUCACAGAAUGUCCCCCACCCCUACCAGCUCCCCACUGCCCCUCCCCCUCUGCAGAAUGUCUGGGGUCCUAUGUUCAAACCUGUUUACUUUCAAAUUUUUACUGCUCCACUUGGACUCAGGAGCAUCUGCUGAGCCAGGUCACACUCUGGGUCUUACCCUUGACUUUUCUCAUUGCAGAAACUGCCAGACAGUGGUGGUCAGUACCCAGCCUGAGGGGAUGGCUUCAAAUGGAGCAUACCCAGUGCUGGGACCAGGGGUGACCGUGAACCCUGGCACCUCCGUGUCUGUGUUCAUGGCUCUGCCCUUCACCACACCCGCUCCCGGCCCAGCACACGGGCCGCCCCUUGUGACUGCAGGGGUUCCUCCAGGCGGCCCUCUGGUGCUGUCUGCCUUCCCCAGCACACCUCUGGUGGCAGGACAGGAUGGCCAUGGCCCAAGUGGGGCCGGGGCCGCCAACGUCUUUGUCCAUAUGAGGACAGAGGUGGAGCCUGUGAAGGCCCCUCAGGCACAGACCUUGGUCCUAACUCAGGCCCCCCUCGUCUGGCAGGCUCCAGGCACCCUUUGCGGAGGUGUCAUGUGUCCACCUCCCCUACUCCUGGCAGCUGCCCCUGUGGUGCCUGUUAUGGCUGCCCAGGUGGUUGGGGGCACCCAGGCCUAUGAGGGAGGCUGGUCCCAGGGCCUUCCUCUUCCACCACCAUCACCACCAGCUGCCCAGUUGCCCCCCAUCGUGUCCCAAGGGAAUGCUGGGCCAUGGUCACAAGGGACUCAUGGAGAGGGCAGCCUGGCUUCCUCCCAGGCCAAGGCCCCGCCAGACGACUCCUGUAACCCCAAGAGUGUCUAUGAGAACUUCCAACUCUGGCAGCACUACAAGCCCCUGGCCCGGAGGCACCUUCCCCAGAGUCCUGACACCGAAGCGCUUUCCUGCUUCCUCAUCCCAGUUCUCCGAUCCCUGGCCCGGCGGAAGCCCACCAUGACCCUGGAGGAGGGACUGUGGCGGGCCAUGCGGGAAUGGCAGCACACGAGCAAUUUUGACUGGAUGAUCUUCUAUGAGAUAGCAGAAAAGUUCCUGGAGUUUGAGGCUGAGGAGGAGAUGCAGAGUCAGAAAUUGCAAUGGAUGAAGGAGCCCCAGUGCCUGCCUCCUCCAGCCACACCGAGGCUUGAACCUCAAGGACCCCUGGCCCCUGAGGUGGUCAAGCAGCCAGUGUGCCUUCCCAGCAAGGCUGGCCCCAAGGCCCCGACUGCCUGCCUGCCACCACCCAGGCCCCAGAGGCCAGUGGAGACCAAGGCCCGUCUGCCACCCCCCCGGCCCCACCAGCGAGCAGAGACCAAGGCCUGCCUGCCACCACGCAGGCCCCAGAGACCAGCAGAGACCAAGGUCCCCAAGGAGAUUCCCCCAGAAGUGGUGCAGGAGCAUGUGGACAUCAUGGAGGAACUGCUGGGGCCUUCCCUCAGGGCCACGGGGGAGCCUGAGAAACAAUGGGAAGAGGGCGAAGUGAAGCAGCCACAGGAAGAGGACUGGACGCCCCCAGAUCCGGGCCUCCUGAGCUACAUUGACAAGCUGUGUUCCCAGAAAGACUUCGUCACCAAGGUGGAGGCCGUCAUUCACCCCCCAUUCCUGGAAGAAUUGCUUUCCCCAGAUCCACAGAUGGAUUUCUUGGCCCUAAGCCAGGAGCUGGAGCUGGAGCAGGAGGAAGGACUCACCCUUGCCCAGCUAGUGGAGAAGCGCCUCCUACCCUGGAAGGAGAAACAGCAUGCGAGGGCAGGCCCUGGUCAUGGCAUGGCCCGGUUGGACUCAAGUUCUUCCGAGUUUGCAGCUGGCCAAGGAGCAGAGAGAGACGUCCCUGACCAACAAGGGGUUGGCAUGGAAACCUGCCCGCCCCAGAUGGCAGCAUGGGACCCUCAGGGAUGAGGCAGAGCACACACUGGCAUGGCCAGGUCCAAAGACUCUGCUGUGCUUUUGGGGUGUCAGGAUCCCCCUGGGCUGAGGGCUGCCCGGCCAACCUCUCCUCCCCAGGACCACAGACCCACCUGCCCUGGCCUGGGUACCAAGGAUGCCUUGGAUCUGCCUGGAGGGUCUCCUGUCAGGGAGUCACAUGGGCUGGCUCAGGGGUCAAGUGAGGAGGAGGAGCUCCCCAGCCUGGCCUUCCUCUUGGGUUCCCAGCACAAGCUGCCACCCUGGUGGCUACCCCAGAGCCCUGUCCCUGCCUCGGGCCUUCUCAGCCCAGAAAAGUGUGGACCCCAGGGAGCUCUUCAGCCCCCAUCUGCUAAGAGAAGAGGCCUCAGCCUAGCACCAUCUCCUGCCACCAAGUCCAAGAAGCGACCUGUCUUGGGAAGCCCAUCCCCUGCUGAAGAGACACCCCACCCAGGGCCUGUCAGGGUCUCUGGGGAGCAAUCCCUGGCUUGAGGGCUGGGUGGCCCCUCACGGUCUCAAAAGAGAAAAGGUGACCCCUUGGUCUCCAGGAAGGAGAAGAAGCAGCAUUGUAGCCAGUAG